AUGAGUGACCCUCAAAUCCCCAAGCUCUAUCACCGCAGCACUCCUCACUGGCAACAGGAACAGCGCAACUCCUUUUGGGCACUGAAUGAAGGCAAAGUCACCCCUUUCAAUACACGGCCAGAUAAACUCGAAGCCCGUGCUGAAGAGUCUCUCUCGGUCAAUGGACGUUUGUAUGCUCAGAGCAAUGCUGGUAACAGCUGGACUCAUUUGGCGAACCGCCAGGCAUUUUUCCGCCACCGGCUGAUUCCACACCAGCUCGUGGAUGUCAACGAGCGAGACACUACCACUACGUUAUUUGGCCACAAGGUCUCUGCCCCAAUCGGAUUUGCCCCCAUUGGCAUCAACAAGAUCUACCACCCCAAGGGCGAGCUUCCUGUUGCCAAAGUCGCUGGCCAGCUUCGCUUGCCCUAUGCACUCAGCACUGCCGGGUCAAGUACGAUCGAAGAUGUUGCUGCUUCCAACGACGCCGGUUGCCAAAUGCCCGACGCGGUCAAUGUCCAAGGCGCGGACAACGAUUCUCCUGUGCGCUUCUUCCAACUAUAUCUCCCGCACGACGACGAGUUGGGGAUCUCUCUCCUGAAGAGAGCAGUUGACAAUGGGUUUACAGCGUGUAUCCUGACGACCGACACAUGGCAGCUCGGCUGGCGGCAUGACGACGUCGCAACCUCUAACUAUGCUUUCUACCGCGGCAUUGGAGCGGAUCUCGGACUCGCGGACCCCGUGUUUCAACAACGCAUGAAAGAGGCUGGGGUCGAUCCGAAGAAGCAACCUGAGGAGGCUGGUGCAAUGUGGAUCGAUAGCGUUUGGCAUGGACGGGCGUUCAGCUGGGAGAAGAUACCGUGGUUGAUGAAGACGUGGAAGGAGUUGAGUGGGGGCAAGCCCUUUUGCAUUAAAGGCAUCCAAUCCGUCGCCGAUGCCCAACACUGCGUGGACUUGGGGGUGGACGGCAUCGUUGUUUCUAACCACGCGGGCCGCCAGGUCGAUGGCGCCAUCGCCAGCCUCGAUGCUCUCGAGAACAUCAUCAACGCUGGCAUCGGCGAGAAACUCACCGUCAUGUUCGACUCGGGCGUGAGAGGGGCCUCGGAUGUUAUCAAGGCCUUGUGCUUGGGCGCAAAGUUUGUCUGGAAUGCCAUACUCACAGUUCGGAACAACAGCAUCAUGGGCGAAGAGGGCGUCCGCCACAUCAUGAAGUGUCUGCUCGCCGAAUUCGACAUCUCCAUGCUCACGGCCGGCAUGCGGAAUAUUGGUGACAUGCAGAAGGACCGGCUGGAAAGCUACCCCAAAGCAUAUACGUUGAUUGCAGACAAGGCGAAGCUUUGA